GGGCGGAACUCUCUGGGCAGAGAGAUUUUGUGUGUUGUGUGGCAGAUUUCGGCGUGAUACUUUUCCCGUCACCCCUCCCCCCUCUCGCCGCUAUGGCGGCUGGGAGUCAGCCUCGCGCUCGACCGCUGCAUCUCCGGGGGAUACGAGUCGCCCCUCUUCCCUUCCUGAUGCGCUCCGUAUGGGUGUAACCCGGAAGGAGCCUCUGGAACCGGAAACUCGCCCAAUAAUUCCCCCCCCCGCCUUUCUCCAGCGCCCCCUCCUGGCUUGUUUCCCCCCCUCAUUCAUCAUUUUGUCUCUCCACCGUCCAUAGUUCUUAUAGUGCUUCCUUAUAUCCUUGUCUAAGCAGCAGCAGCAUCAGGCUCCAGUUCCCUCCGUCCUCGUUAUUUUAGGACCUCGUCCUCUCUGGGCAAAAGAAUUCCCCCAAAUUCCUUGUCUUCGCCUUCCCUCUGCCACGAUCGUUCACUUCCUUAAUCUCGACUGCGGUAGCUACCCUGUCAAGCCUGCAUUUGCCAUAGCAGCCCUUCAGUUCUGGUCGUCGUUUGUUUUAAAAAAUAACGUUUGUUUUUCCACUCUGUGGAUUCUUCCCAAUGCAACGGUGCCUGCAGUGAUGCCUCCAUCUCGGCAAGAUUCCUGGUUGUGAAGAACUACUUGUCUCCACUAUUUAUGUAGGGCCCGGCAACACCAUGUCUGAACUGAAAGAUUGCCCCCUUCAAUUCCAUGAUUUCAAGUCUGUGGACCAUCUGAAAGUGUGCCCACGCUAUACAGCUGUACUGGCCCGUUCCGAAGAUGAUGGUAUUGGCAUUGAAGAGCUUGACACGUUACAGUUGGAGCUUGAAACAUUGCUGUCAUCUGCAAGCCGCCGACUUCGGGUGCUGGAGACUGAAACCCAGAUUUUGACAGAUUGGCAAGACAAGAAAGGAGACAGGCGGCUUCUGAAAAUUGGCAAGGACCAUGAGGUGGGUCCUUCUAUCAAACAUAGCAAGCUCAAGAAGCAGAAGCUAGAUGUGAAAGGAAGCCACAGCACUCCAGGGCGGCCCAAAUCCAAGAACCUGCAGCCUAAAAUUCAAGAGUAUGAAUUCUCAGAUGAUCCAAUUGAUGUGCCUCGUAUUCCUAAAAAUGAUGCACCUAACAGAUUCUGGGCCUCAGUGGAGCCAUACUGCGCUGACCUCACCAAUGAGGAGGUUCGUACCUUAGACGACCUUCUUAAGCCACCUGAAGAUGAAGCUGAACACUACAAGAUUCCACCCUUAGGGAAGCAUUACUCCCAGCGCUGGGCCCAGGAAGACCUGCUGGAAGAGCAGAAGGACGGGGCUCGGGCUGCUGCUACUGCUGAUAAGAAGAAAGGCAUCUUGGGACCUCUGACCGAACUGGACACUAAGGAUGUUGAUGCUUUGUUGAAGAAAUCGGAGUCCCAGCAUGAACAGCCAGAGGACGGGUGCCCUUUUGGACCACUCACCCAGCGCCUCCUGCAGGCACUCGUAGAAGAGAACAUCAUCUCCCCUAUUGAAGAUUCGCCUAUUCCUGAGAUAGCCGGCAAAGACUCUGCAAUCGAUGGUGCUAGCACUUCUCCCCGCAGCCAGAACAAGCCCUUCAGCGUACCCCACACAAAAUCUCUUGAAGGCCGCAUCAAGGAAGAGCUUAUUGCUCAAGGCCUGCUGGAGUCAGAGGACCGGCCGGCGGAGGAUUCGGAGGACGAAGUGUUAGCCGAGCUGCGGAAGAGACAGGCUGAGCUCAAGGCGUUGAGUACCCACAACCGGACCAAGAAAGUUGAGCUGCUCAGGCUGGCCAAAGAGGAACUUCACAGGCAAGAGCUGCGGCAACGCGUGCGCAUAGCUGACAACGAAGUCAUGGAUGCCUUCCGCAAGAUCAUGGCCGCCCGGCAGAAGAAGCGCACCCCAACCAAGAAGGAGAAAGAUCAAGCCUGGAAGAGCCUCAAGGAGCGCGAGAGCAUCCUGAAGCUGCUCGAUGGUUAAUGCCACGAGGCGCCCGGCCAAGCUUCUCCGUUUGAGCCCCCCUAACCGAGGCCCCCGCCGAAGGGGAGACUGUCAGCCGCAGGUGUAGACUAUAGCAGCCUCCCUCCCUGGUUUGUCAUCACACUUCUUGCGCUAUUUCAGCCCGAGACGCUGGACAGGUUGGCUUCCAGCUGUGUGCCUUCUCUUUCUGGGCGUGGCUUUGAGCCCUGUGGUGAAAUGAGCGCCCGGAUUGCUUAAAAGCGGCGGUCCCUCUUUUCGACACCUGCAGGGGGACAAGUUACGCUGCGGCGUCGAAGACGAGACGGAACAAAACCUUUUAUUCGUCUUACCUACCAAAUACCAGGUUUCAGGAUCAGUCAUCAGCAUAAACUGGAACCGAAGUUAGAUUUUUUUUAUUUUAUUUUUUAUUUUGGUCCUCCUUCCUACUGCUGCUCUUCCUUUUGUUCGGGUUAAGGAAAACAGCACCUUGAAAGCUAUAUAGGCACAACGAAGGUCAAGUGUGGGAGCAUGAUUUCUAAAAGGCCGGGUUUUUUUUUUUUUCUUGAGUUUGGGAACGAUUUAUUGACUCUGUGGCUGCACCAGACGUAUCUCACCAGCAACGAGGGCUGAGCUAAGAUGGAACAGCCAGGGAAGUUCCGAGGCGUGGGGAGAAUGGCCGUUCUGUGGGUGGUUUUAAGUGGAUGCCUGUCGUAUCCGUAGGGCCUCCUCCUGCAUUUCACUGUUCAAACCUAAGUUACAAUCCAAACCCUGUCAAGGAAGAGGUGUGCAUUACUUGGCUGGGCAUAAUUUUUUGCAAGGCAGCUAUGAAGUCUUUACUUCCUAUUUUGCUCAUUGUCUUCCUGUGGGGAUAUUGAGGGAUAUUGCACGUUCUCCCUUCUAGCCCCCCCUAGAAAGGAGUUGUCCUCCGUGGAAACAAGCAGAGAAAAUGCCAGUGGGUUCUGGAGCAAAGGGCUGAGCAACCAGAACAUCCAAAUGGUCCAAGGGGGGGGAAAAGGAUUUCGCGAUUUGGGUGGAAAGGGGCUGAGCGAACCCAAUCCUGCCCCGUACCAAUUCCAGAAGCACACUACUCAGUAUCAACAUGGCAGACAGCUAGAAGCGCAGUCAGGAAACGCAAGAUGGGAGGAAGGAGAGAUUCCUCCCCCACCCCCCACUCUGUAUUUUUAACCCAACCUCACCCAGAAACUCCCAAGAAAGUGAGAAAAUUAGCUGGGAAGAAGCCUAACUUGAAAGUCUUUCAUCAAAAGAGAUAGGAAAGAAUCGCUCUUCCGUGGGCCGUUUGCAAGCUGGGCAAUGAACCACUGUGCCUCCCGUGGUUCUUUUCCUGCAAGCUGCAUCUGGGUUGAAUCCAUUUGGGGAGCGUUUAUUUCCACCAGCCAUUUAAGCAGGCAAACUGUAUGAAACAACUGGCGGAUUGGUGAUGAAAGAGCACAAGGGCGGGACAGGGCCAUCUGCGUCUCUUCCUCACUUGGGUACAGAUAAAUCAUCACCCCGGAGCCUUGCUUGUCUUCGUUAAAAAGCAAUGGGCACUUCAGUCUGCCUGCCUGUCCCAUCUCUUCCUUGAUUUAUUUCAUCUUUUGGCUUUAGGCUCCUUUUGCAUCCUCGACUUGUUCCAGGAUGACCGUGCCCACUCUCCUUAACUGAAAUCGAUCAUAAUACAGUGCUGUAUGGAGUGGGAGAGGGAGCGGGAGGUAAUUAAUUAAUUCUGUGUUGAUAACCAGUUGGAGAAGAGGCUUUGAGGACAUGUUCGCAUUUGCCUUGGAUUAUAUCUGCCUGUUGUGUGGACAGACUUCUUCCACCACUAACCUCCUUCAAAGAUUUGACUGAUCCCUCCCAGUUUUCUUACGAAGCAUAUACAAUGCUUUUUUAACCCUCUUCCCCAGUUUGGACUUCCUUUUGCUUUCCCGUUUACCAGCAAGUUUUCAACAUUCGGUCCAUUGUGUGAAGAUUUUUCAAACGCCGUUGCUUUG